AGGCAGAGCUCUCGUCGUGUCAAGCAAGAAUGGUGCGGGUCAUCCAACUCGCGUCCACGCUGCUGCUCGCAGUGCUCGCCACGGGAGCCGUCUCCGCCGAUGAAGCUGCCCCGAGUGAGUUGCGCCGCCUGGUGACGCUGUCUCGCCACGGCAGUCGCGCGCCCAACGACGUGGUGAAGGUCACCUGCCCGCGCAACAAGGCCAACCUGGACGCGUACAAGGUGCCGCUGACGCAGCUGACGGAGAUCGGCAUGAACCAGCUGCAGGCCGUGGGCGAGCACGUCCGCCACACGUACGUGGUGGACGAGCCGCACCACGAGGAGGCUUUCCUUUCGCGCUCGCUCAACGGCGUGAACCACUCGCACUUCGAGACGUACUUCCGCGCCGACGCUGCAACGCGCUGCUCGCAAAGCGCGACCGCGCUGGGCUACGGGCUCUACCCUGAUGGAACCGGCCCGCCCGGCUUCCCGCACCAACCUGUGCCUAUUACCAUGCAGUUGGUGGAGAACGAGCAUGCAUUUGCUGCGCCCAAGGGCCCGUGCAGGAGCACGAUGGACGCUGACGUUGCCGUGUACGCUGAGACCCGUGCACCGGAGCUUUUCGGGCAAUACCGCGACGUUCUCGACCUGCUUGGUGAAGUUUGCGGCGUGGCUGUUGACGAUAUCCCCAAUGUGCCUGGCGGUGAGGAUGUUGUGCUGGGCGUGAAGGACCUGGCUGACAUGUUUAUCUUCGAUCGCGACGAGGGUCUCCCGCUCCCCGAUGGAAUGACGGUUGAUGCGCGUGAAAAGCUGGAGCAAUUGGCUUUCACGAACCUCAUGGAGCGCUAUUACUCGACGGACCGCGAAAUUACUUACUGGGUGGGAGGUUUUGCAGACUUGCUUAUGAACACCCUGCAAGGCGGGGCUGUGCCGACGGCGCCGUCUCGUGCUGAAUACCGCUACUUUUCGUUCCACGGCCACCGCGAGUUGCUGCAUGGUCUGGGAAUGAUGCUGGGCUGGGAGUUCCACUUCGAGGGACUGCCUGUAGCUCUUAACGUGAGUUCCCUUCACCCUGGAACGACAAUGUUCUUCGAGCUGCGUGCGCGUGAGCUCACCGCUGAAGAAGCUCAAAAGCAACCGGAUGCUAAGGAGGCCUACUUUGUGCGAACGUACAUGUGGUCGCCUUUCACCGAGCGUGAGCAAAUCAAGCUAACUAAGUGCUCGGUUGCGGACUGCCCGCUGGACGAGUUCUACAAGAUCAUGACGAACCACAUCGCUAGAACGGGCACGUGGGAGGCCAUUUGCGACUACCACAAGCCCGUGCAGGGUCAGGGCCAAGCGACGCUUUCACACGCUGUUGAGGACAACCAUGGUUUCGGGCGUCCAUCCUUCUUGACUGUCAUCGGUGUUGCCAUGGUGGUGGGAUUGGCAUUCACGGCGUUCAAGGUUUACACCGCUCGUCGCCGCGGAUACACCAUGGUGGUGUAAACCGCUGGCUGAAAAUGUGCGCAGGGGUGCCAAUGGCACCGUGCCACGCAAGGAUCAGAGAUAACUACAUCAUAGGGCUAGUAAGGCUCGGCAUUACACUUUAGACGAAAUACACGUCCGCACCACCUAG